ACACGGCCUUUAAGUAUUGCCCUAAAUUCAAAUCUCUAUUCUCGUUGUCGUUGCAGCACUCAGUGUCCCUCCACUCUCAGUUUGUGAAAUCGGUGACUCUCUCCUACCGGGACCCAUGGCGUCCUCGCCGGAUAUUCACUCCAGCGGCAAGAAUUCGGUCAAGAAUCUUGUCUCCAACUACGCCAGGAGCGCCGUCGCUAGGAUCUACGGGUUCCUCCCGUCCUCCGAUUCGAGGCUGUUCGCCGUGAUCCAGCAACUGCACGGCCUGAGGCGAUCGCGCCGGACCAAGAAGCCUGGACUUCCUCUCCCGUUGCCGUCAAGAUCGCUCGAAACGCUCACGAUUUUCGCACAAACAAGCAAAGCCUUGGAACUUUUGGAGGAAAUCCAGGAGCAUAUUCUUUCAUACUUGCAUUGCAUUCAAAAGAGUUUAUGUUUUUGGCAAUCAUUUGCUGAGAGGACGGAUGCUCGCAAAGCAUACUUCAUGGUCUUCGAGAGGGGCCCUUGGGCUUUCGCUGAAGAAACAAUUCAUCUGAUACGUGGGUUUUUGACAGAGGGAUCUACUAUAAAACGUCUUUCUCUAUCAGCGUCUGCUAGUUUUUGUGAAAGAAUUUCUGUUCUAACGCAUCUGCAGCAUUGCUUGGCCGGUUUUCUGGCACAGUUUUACAUGGAAAUUGACUUGCUUGGGGAAGCAAUGACGAAGGAUUUGGAGAGGUCGUUGCCAUUAUUGCUAGUUUCCAUCAAUAAUCUUUUUGCAGAUUUGCAGCAGUUUAUUGUUUCCCUACCUGGCGAUGAAAAGGUCUUGACAUAUUCUCUAACAAACACGGAGAGGGUUGAUGGCAGUGCACUUGCUCUGAAGUUUAUUAGACUGCCUGAUGUUUUACAGGAGAAAUCCCAAUGGACAGACAUUGAAUUACAAGUUGCUACUAAUAUGACACGUUUAAAUCUUCAACGGCUUGUUGCCUACUUGUCCCAAUUUAUUUCGAGACAACAGAAGCCAAGUAAAAUGACCUUAUAUUGGUUUCGGUAUACAUGUGGAGCUGUUGGGUUGUCCUUAUGUUCAGCAUGGCUGUUAAGACAUAGCAGUUUGACAGGAAGUUCUGAUAUUGAUAAUUGGAUUCGUGAAGCAAAGGAGUCAACUCUUGCAUUUUGGAAGGAUCAUGUGGAGAUGCCACUUCUGUCCAUCAGAGAUGAACUUUUUGAAACAUUCAGGAGGCGGCACAAAGGUGUAAUGGAGCUUGAGGAAGUGCAACUAACUGCAAAUUCUCUUCAUAGGAUGUUAUUAGCUUUCAGUGAGCAAACAAAAGGUCAAAUAUUUCCACCAGAUGCAUCUGACCAAGAACUCCUAGAAAUUGUAAUGAGCAGGUAUGAAAAGGAGCUCACACAUCCAAUUCAAAAUCUUUUGGGUGGAGAACUUGCUCGUGCUAUGUUGAUUCAGAUUCAGAAGCUAAAGCUGGAUAUUGAAACGGCAAUGCUCGAGUUGAACCAAAUUCUUAGAGCCAAUGAAAUAAAUUUUGCCAUUCUCGCCGCUUUGCCGGCUUUCUUUCUUGUGCUCAUUUUGGUCAUGCUAGUGCGCCCUUGGUUCACUCAGGGCAAAGGGGCAGAGGGUAGAGGAAGGGUUGCUAGAAUUCAAAGAAGGCUUCUUCUGGUAAAUGUUGAGAGACAGAUUAUGCAAUAUCACAUUUGCUUGGAGCAAGGAAUGGAUAAGGAUUCUCAAUGGAUGUAUGGACUUGUGAUAUAUACAUUGGAUCGCCUUUAUAGGGCUGUUGAGAGACAUGCCAGGGCCACUGGAGAAUGGACCUCUCUGAGACAGGACAUUUUAGAUCUAGGGAAGCCUGGAUUGCAGAAGGUUGACAAACUUACAAUCACCUCACACAUGGUACAAGUAUAUGACUGUCUUCUUCCUUCACCAAAGCGACUGUUAUGAUGGGUUGCUGUCUUUGUGUUUUUCUAUUCAGCUUUGAUUUUGAUCCAGAUGUAUACAUUUCAGAUUAAAGGGCAAGAUUUUUGUCACUCAAUUUUGAAAUUGCAGCACAUAUAUUCAUCAGCUUCACCAGAUAUUUUGUUGGUCUUGUUGGUAGCACCAUGUUGCUCCUUGUAUAUAGGCGGCAGACUGAAUCAGCAGGUAGAAUUGACCGAAGCAUGGCACAAGUAGACUUUUUUGUGUGAUCAGGGCAGCAUGGAACAUGAGCAGCAUGAGCCUGUCAGUUCAACCAGAGUCAGCAUUACAUGCACAUUUCCAUUUAGUUGUGAACAGAGGUUGGAGUAUGAUUGAUCUCAUGCCUUUGUUCUGUGGUCAACGAAUUAAACAUUGUUUCUUGGACUUUAAACUUGUUUGUUUCUUUCCCCCUUCAAAAUGAAGAAAUCUUUGGGGUGCACAAUCCUAUAAAAUUCAGUUGAAGGCCCCUUGAAUCCCAAGGAUCCUUCACCUGGGGAAGCAUGAUUUGGUCAA